UACACACACACACACACACACACACACACACACCUGUAUAUCAGCCCUUCAUUUCACCACUCCCCUCAUACCUUCUUGUCAGGAUUGCUCCAGUGUCCACUUUGUCAGUCUGCAGGUGAACCGUCAUGAGGACAUUGUUGCUGCUUGGGGUGACGGCCUUCAGUCUCUGUGUGUUUGUCGCCGCUGACAAACAACCUGAGCGACAGGCAGAUAAAUCAUCCCCCGAGAAGGAGGAUGGAGUUUUACAGCUGAAGAAAGGAAAUUUCAACAGGGCACUGAGGAAGCACAAGCAGCUGCUGGUGUACUUCCAUACUCCUCUGUCUGGAGAAGGCCAUCGAAUCUCAGCAGCGUUUGAAGAUGCUGCUGCGGAGCUCCAGGGGUCAGAGGUCACACUGGCAGUGGUUGAUGUGACAAAAGAGAAGGACCUGGCUAAAGAUCUCAAUGUGACGGGUCUUGCCACAAUCAGGCUGUACCUCUCAGGAGAUAAACACAACCCUGUGCCCUGUCCUGUUCCUCAGAGCUCGGCCUCCAUCCUGACUUGGCUGAAAAGGAGGUCGGGGUCUGCUACUGACCUUAUCGCUGAUCUGAGCCAAUCAGAGACCUCAGAGGAGCUGACCGUGGUUGGAUUCUUUAAGGAGCUGAACCACGAGUACGUCCAGGUGUUUUAUGCUGCAGCGAUCGACCUUCCUGAUAUUAACUUUGCUGUGACAGAGAGCGAUGAAGUCAUCAGCAAACAUGGUCUCACACAUGAUGUUGUGAUGCUCUUCAGAAAGUCCAAGCUCAUCCAGGCUUACAAAAUGAUGCCUGAGACAUCUAAAGAGAUGCUGAUCAUUUUUAUCACCGUCUACCAGAUGGACCCAGUCACUGAGUACACUGGACAGACAGCCACUCAGAUAUUAACAUCACCUGUGUUAAACCACGCUCUCCUGUUUGUCAACAAAAGCUCUGCUGGCUUUAAAGACAUCCACGCUGCCUUUAACAGUGCUGCAGAAGCAUUCAGGUUGAAGAUUUUGUUUGUGUGGGUGAACGUGGAUGAGCCCCGUAAUGGCAGGCUGAUGGAGUACUUCCGGGUUCGGGAGUUCGAGGCUCCUCUGAUCCGAAUGGUCAACCUGACAGAUCAUGUGACCUAUCACCUGCCCUCUGAUACUCUGGAUGUACAGACCAUAAAAACAUUCUGCCAGUCAUACCUCGAUGGCAAGGCUAAGCCUAAGAUGCAGAGCGAGCCGGUAACCGAGGGAUGGGACACAAAGCCGGUGAAGGAGCUGGUGGGAAUGACUCUGGAGAAAGUCGCUUUUAACCCCAACAAGACUGUUUUUGUCCUGUUCUAUCUCCCUUACAGUUCAGAGUCCCGAGCUCUGUUCCCACUGUGGGAGGACUUGGCCGAGGCCGUGAAGGAUCGGGAGGACGUGGUCAUUGCUCGCAUUGAUGCCUCAGCCAAUGACAUCAACAUGUCAGUGCAGGGCGCCUACCCAUCUGUCUGCCUGUUCCCCGCUCUGUAUGCUGAAAGAAUGGUGGUUUACAAAGGAAAGAGGAACGUGAAGGACCUGGUGAAGUUUUUAGAUAAAGAGAUGGCGAAAGCCAAAAAAGACAGAGUUAAGGAGGAUGAAGACAGGAAAAAGUACAUCGAGGCAGCAAAAGCUGAAGAGGCAAAAAAAGCCAACAAAACCAAAGAUGAGCUUUAACGCAGACACAAAGAGAGUACAGUGUGUGUGUGUGUGUGUGUGUGUGUGUGAGUGUGCACGCCUGUGUGUGUGUGUGUGUGUAUGCGUGUGUGGCUUUUGUGUCAUACUUUUUAGGCAGUAUACAGAUCUGGUUUUAUCUCCUCAACCAAGCUGUCAUCAACCGUCUGUGCAAUCAAAUCCAAUAAAGUCUUCAGUUAAAACUCUGAUGGUUACAGGACCUUUUAUUGUUUAACAAAAAUAAUUAAUAUUGUAUCAUCAAAUUUAUCGUAAUUCAGAAUUUCUGAUAUUUCAGCUGAUAAGUAACAAAAAAUUGCAGUACAGAAAGGUCAGAUAUGUUUGAGGUGAUUUAGAAACAGUGUCUCUAUUGCAUAAUUUGUCCACCAGAGAGCACUAAUAAAGUAAUUUUUUUAAAUGUAAAAUGUCCUUUUACCUUAGUCACAUUAAAAAAGGAAAAGAAAGAUAUGUAGAAAAUAUGUUGUAUUUGAAUCUGAUAACUUUUAGGCCACCAAAAUAUUAAAUAUCAAGACAUUUAAUUUUCACAUCAGAGCUAAUGUUUUCUGACAGUGUGAAACAGCAUUUAAACGUUCAUGUAGAGAAAAUUAAAGGCAUUUUAUCUGAAAAGUUGAUUGAAUAAAUAAUCUACAAAUUCAAAUACUAACAACAAUGUCAAGUCUUUUUAAGAGUUUGUGUCUUUGGCUUAUCACCUGGUUAGCCAACGGCCCUGCUGCUCUGCCGCUGGACAAAACUCUUGACGUGU